UAUUUAUUGUUCCUUUCUUAGGUCUGUGAUAGAAGUGAACCCUCAGCUGUAAGAACAACUGAGAACAAAAAUGAAAUGCAGGAUGAAACAAAAGAUCUGAAGUUCAGUCUUGGAACUAAUGAGCAGAAGAGCCCACUUGAAGACAUGCCAUUUUCAGAGACUGACAUCAAUUUGGAGAUACCAUUUGCAGAACAGGCAGCUAAUCUCAAAGACAACUCAGUAGGCAAAAUGUGUAAGGAUGGAGGGGGCGAUACUCUUCGCACGAAUUUUAGACUGCCAAAGGACAAAACAGGAACCACGAAGAUUGGUGACCUGGCCCCUCAGGACAUGAAGAAAGUCUAUUCUUUAGCACUGAUUGAAUUGACUGCUCUCUAUGACGUACUUGGGACAGAAUUCAAGCAACAAAAAGCUGCAAAAAUCAAAACCAAAGGUGAGUUAUUGUUUCAUACACUGAAACAAAUGGGUUUUAAUCUAACAAAACAAAUGUAUCUGGUUAUUUAUGAUUUUCUAGCAUAAAAUUUGUAUUUAAUU